UCUCUCUCUACGAGGCGCAACCUCAACGUACAAUCACUCACACGAGACCAGAGCAGCCCCUCACGAGCCACAAUCCAGGGAGAAGACACCAUACAAUCAGUCAAUGAAGCACCAACCGCUUGCUCACCAAAAAUCAACAGAGCGCCCCGCACUAGACCACUUACUCACAAAUCUGUGGGCAGACUGGAGAACCACCUGCCGAGGUCUUAUUCUCGACCUCACCUACAGCAGCAGCAGCAGCACCCAACAAGCUCUCAGGUUGGUCCAAAUAUCUGGUCUGUGGCAGCUACCGGAGACUCGGGUGUUGGUGGUGGGAGAGAGAGCUGGAGUAAAGGACGUGCUUCUCCACCACUCUUUCCGCAACACGGUCCACGCCUUCUACCUGGCCCUCCACGACCUCACCCUUCACGACCCAUCUCGCCAUCGUAACGCACGCCUCAGAAAAAUCCUUCCCCGGGAAGCAACAGCAGUGUCAGGAGGCGUGUGGGUGUAUCAACGGUGUCUGUAUUGCAACAACGGAGAACAAGAUGCCCGACUGUUCCACCAAGGAAGCUCGACUUCAGUCACCCAGAUAUUUGACAACGUCUUCCAAGAUUUUAUGGGUCGUAAGAUGAGAGUGGUGACAGCGGUACCAUACUUCCCCUACGUGGACUACAAGGUGGGCAGGGAGGCUGCGGGUCCUGUGAUGCUGCUAGACUCUCUGGAUGCUCGGAUUAUCCAAACCUUCGCAGCCAAGCUUAACUUCACCUUUGAAGUCUACGUGGAUCCCGAUCAGUCGUGGGGCGAGGAGAGGAACGGCAUCUUCAGCGGAAUGAUGGGGAUGCUACAGCGAGAGGUGAUGGAUAUCUGCACUAUAUCUGGACCGACCUCUAAGCGACUUAGAGUUAUAAAUUAUCUUAAGGGUUACCCUUCCGACCCCAUGUCAGUGACCUCUCUCAAGCCCACACUGCUGCCCAAAUACCUCGCUUUUAUACGGCCUUUUAAAGGAGAACUGUGGCUGGCGCUGCUGGUGAGCGUAGUGUCGUGGGGCGUCGUGUUGUGGCUGUUGCAGAGGGCUUGGCGGUGGAUGGUUGGUGGGAAGGGGGUGAGGCUCCACACUGCCCUAUUGUACAGCAUGGGCACCCUGCUUGAACAGCAGCCUCCUGACCCCUCCGUCAGCCUUGCUGGUCAGGUGUUAGUGGGGUGGUGGCUAGUGUUCUGUCUGAUAAUUACUACAGGCUUCCGGUCAUCACUGAUGGCUCACCUUACCGUCCAAGGAAUGUCACACCCGCUGGACAGUUUCGAGGAUUUGGUGAAGCUGCCAGGCAGGAAAUGGGGCACUGAGGCUUGGGAGCUAACAGAAGCAGUUGUUGAUUUCUUUGCCAAGCAUCCCGAUCCUGUGGUUCAGCAUAUUUAUCAUAAAAUGGAGGUGAUGCCAAUGGAUGUGGGCCUGAAGAGGGUGCUGGCGGGUGGAUUUUCCAUCAUCAGUUUUAAGAACUACAUCAAUGUUAUCGUGGGAUCUCGCUACACGGAUGCCUAUGGUAACACUCCCUUCUAUACCAGCAAGAACGCCGUUCCUAUUUUAGCUGCGUUUGGGUGGGGUAUCAGGCGAGGUGCUCCAUUUUACCAGCGAUUCACAGAACUAAUAACCCACCUGGAUGAUGCUGCUAUCAUCAGUUACUGGACUGAUGAUUUAAUAUCCAGAAAAACGAGGGAGGAGAGAAACUCUGCUCCACUGGAAUUUACCGCAAUACAUGUUAAUGUUUCUAAGGGUGAAGAUAAGGAGGUGGUGCUGACAAUGAACCACCUGCAGGGUGCCUUCUACCUGCUGCUGGUGGGCUCCGGAGUGGCCUUCCUCACCCUGCUGGGGGAGAACCUCACCCACUGGAGGCGCUCCUCACUUCAGUAA